AUGUCCGAUAUUUGUGACUUCGAGUGGUCCAACAAUCGGUACCGGCACAAUCUGACCAUUUCCGAGCUCAAGCUCGGCUUCAACCGGAACGAACCGACCGACCGAAGCCGCGCCCUGAUCGCCCUGAAGGAGCUGAUCGGGGCGAGCCGGGACUACGCGUUGAAGGAUAAAUCCUGCUUCCAGGACGACGAGUUCCUGUUUCGCUUUCUGUACGCGCGGAAGUUCAACGUCAACGAGGCGUUCCAGCUGGUCAUCAACUAUCACGCGUACCGGCAGCGGAAUGCGGCGCUCCUGCAGCGCCUCUCGGUGCUGGACGAAACGAUACAGAUCGCGCUGCGGGACGGAUUUCCGGGCGUGCUACCGAACCGUGACCGGCGCGGACGAAAGGUGCUGGUGUUCUUCACGGCCAACUGGGACUACGCCUCCUACUCGCUAGUCACCGUGUACCGGGCGAUGCUGCUGACGAUCGAGAAGCUGCUGGAGGACAAACAGAACCAGGCGAACGGUUUCAUCGCCAUCGUCGACUGGACCAACUUCACCUUCCGCCAGUCGUCCAACCUCAACCCGAAGGUACUGAAGCUGAUGAUCGAGGGACUUCAGGACUGCUUCCCGGUCCGGUUCAAGGCGAUCCACUUCAUCGGUCAACCGUGGUACGUGGAGGCGGCGCUCGCCGUCAUUCGGCCAUUCCUAAAGGAGAAAACGCGCGCUCGAAUAAAACUGCACGGCAGCAACCUGUCAACGCUGCACGACUGUGUCGCACGGGACAUCCUACCGACGGAGCUGGGCGGCGAGGGGCCGACAUUCAACCCGCUCAACUGGUACCACGAGCUGCUCGAGUCGAGCCAAACCGUCACCAAGCCGGCACCGUCCUACUGUCUCAGCCAAACGCAAAUCUACACCAAAACGCCGGCACAGUUCGCACCGUGCCGGAUGGGCGAUCUGUCGCCCGCUCAGUCACCCUCGCCCUCGCCACCGUCCUCGCUCUCGUCGGCGAACGGGGCCGAGUUCCUGAAGGCGGCGACCAAGGCGGCCGCCGUCAAGAUCGGCGUCCUGACGGCCAAAGCGAACGAUCCCGCCACCAAUACGCUGCUGGGCGUUACGACGGGCAACGCCGGGUCGGUGUGUGAUUUGUGACGACGGUCGGGAGGUGUGCCGCCCGGCAGAAGCUGCAGCAGCCGGGGCGCCCUAGUAGCGCCCGCUAAAGACUGGAUCGUUUCGGUGGCGAAGGCGGGCGAUAGCCGGCAUUGCGCUUUGAUGAUCUCAUGCCA